AUGGCGCUUCAAGCGAGAGCACUGAUCACCUCUAAAUGGCUUGCAGAAGCUGUCAAAGUUCAGGGGAAAAUGCGCAUCUUGGAUACUUCUUGGUAUUUACCCAAAGUACACCGACAGGCCAAGAAGGAGUUCAAAAAGAGGCAUAUCCCAGGCGCAGCUUUCUUUGACAUAGACCAGUGCUGUGAUAAAACAUCUCCCCUGGAUCACAUGCUGCCAUCAGAGGAGGUUUUUGCAGACUAUGUUGGGAAUUUGGGAAUAGAGAACGACACGCACGUGGUGGUGUACGACUGCAGUGAGGUUGGUGCGUUUUCUGCUCCCCGCGUGUGGUGGAUGUUCCGUGUCUUUGGGCACAGUGCAGUGUCUUUGCUCAACGGGGGUUUCAGGAACUGGGAGUUGGACGGCCAUCCAGUGAGUGACCAGUACGUCAGACCCACGCCGACUGAGUUCAAGGCUUCUCUAAACCGCCCGUGGGUAAAAACCUAUGAGGAUAUCCUGGACAACCUGGACACCAAGGAGUUCCAGGUGGUGGAUGCCAGGCCGUCGGGCAGGUUUAGAGGACUGGACCCAGAACCUAGAGACAACACAGAGCCAGGCCACAUUCCUGGCUCCAUCAGCAUCCCAUUCCAUUCCCUCCUCGCACCCUCAGGUCACUUUCUGUCCAGAGAGCGACUCCAUGGUCUCUUUGAACGUGCUGGGGUGGACCUCGGUCGCCCCAUUUGUGUCUCGUGCGGCUCGGGUGUGACGGCCUGCCAUGUGGCGCUAGCAGCUCAUGAGUGUGGACAUCCGGGUGUGUCUGUCUAUGACGGUGGCUGGUCGGAGUGGUAUACCCGUGCUGUGCCUGAACAUGUUAUAUCUGAAGGCAGAGGGAAACACUUGUGA